GGCGCCUGCGCGGUGGGGCGGGCGGGCGGCACCGCCCCCUAGCUCUCCUGGCAGCGCGGCGGAGGGCGGGAGCGGCGGCGGAGAUGGCGGACAGCGCCAGCGAGAGCGACACGGACGGCGCGGGCGGCAGCGGCGGCGUGGCGGGGCCGCUGGGGCCGGGCUGCGCGGCGGCGGCGGGGCCCGGGCCCGGCCCCGGCGGCGGCCCCGGCGGCGGCGGCCCCGGUGGCGGCGGGGGCAAGGCGGGCGGCAUCGUGAUCUCGCCGUUCCGGCUGGAGGAGCUGACGAACCGGCUGGCCUCGCUGCAGCAGGAGAACAAGGUGCUGAAGAUCGAGCUGGAGACCUACAAGCUCAAGUGCAAGGCGCUGCAGGAGGAGAACCGCGACCUGCGCAAGGCCAGCGUCACCAUCCAAGCAAGGGCAGAGCAGGAAGAGGAAUUCAUCAGUAAUACUCUGUUUAAGAAGAUUCAAGCUCUACAGAAAGAGAAAGAAACACUUGCAGUAAACUAUGAAAAGGAAGAGGAAUUUCUCACUAAUGAGCUUUCAAGAAAACUGAUGCAGCUACAGCAUGAGAAAGCUGAACUGGAGCAGCAUUUAGAGCAAGAACAGGAAUUUCAAGUGAACAAACUCAUGAAGAAAAUUAAAAAACUGGAAAAUGAUACUAUUUCGAAGCAGCUCACCCUGGAGCAGCUAAGACGUGAGAAGAUUGACCUUGAAAAUACUUUGGAACAAGAACAAGAAGCACUAGUGAAUCGUCUCUGGAAGAGGAUGGAUAAGCUUGAAGCAGAAAAACGAAUUUUGCAGGAGAAGUUAGACCAGCCAGUAUCUGCACCACCGUCACCCAGAGACAUAUCAAUGGAGAUAGAUUCUCCAGAAAAUAUGAUGAGACAUAUCAGAUUUUUAAAGAAUGAAGUGGAGAGGUUAAAGAAACAACUGAGGGCUGCACAGUUACAGCAUUCAGAGAAGAUGGCACAAUAUUUAGAAGAGGAGCGUCAUAUGAGAGAAGAAAACUUGAGGCUUCAAAGAAAAUUGCAGAGGGAGAUGGAACGCAGGGAAGCACUCUGCAGGCAACUGUCAGAAAGUGAAUCCAGCUUAGAAAUGGAUGAUGAAAGAUAUUUUAAUGAGAUGUCUGCACAAGGAUUAAGACCUCGCACUGUGUCCAGUCCUAUCCCUUAUACACCCUCACCAAGUUCUAGCAGACCUAUAUCACCUGGUCUAUCAUAUGCAAGUCACACAGUUGGUUUCACACCACCAACUUCACUGACUAGAGCUGGAAUGUCUUACUACAAUUCCCCAGGCCUUCAUGUGCAACAUAUGGGACCAUCCCAUGGUAUUACAAGGCCUUCACCACGAAGAAGUAACAGCCCUGACAAAUUUAAACGUCCCACUCCUCCUCCUUCUCCAAACACGCAGACCCCAGUGCAGCCACCUCCGCCGCCACCACCACCACCUGUGCAACCUUCGGUCCCAUCAGCAGCCUCGCAGUCAGCCACUUUUCAGCAUUCAGUGCAUCCCUCUUCUCAGCCUUAGUGCAUGUGCUCAGCAGUCUGUAUGUCAGAAUUGGACUCAUAACAUGGAGCAGUUUACUAAAAGCCAAAGGCUUACUUGGCAUAUUUGAAUUUGACUUAUUUGCACUGAGGUUAUAUAGGCUUCACUGUUAAUUGUGUUGUAAACGUUUGUAUAAAAUGCAGCCAGUGUUGUGGAUCUACAACACUAACUUAACAAAUUUUUCCAUCAGUGUUUACUUGAACUACAUGUGUGUCCAUUCUCUGGCUGGAACAUUUGCUACUCUGUUUGGUAAUACGGCAUUAUGUCGUUUUGCUUGGCUCCAAAGCUUCAUUUUCCUGGCUUUUAGGUUUGUAAAAUUAAAGGGAUACCUUUUAUAUUUUUUCAUGACAAUUUGCAUAAAAUUAAAGGCAUGAUGGGCUAUGUUAUAAAUUCUGAAAUAUUACAGUGUUUACCAAGCUUAUGGUAACGCAGCACUACGUUUCAGUUAUUUGAAAUAACAGCUUCUAGUGCAAAAGUGAGUCAGACACCCUAAUCAGUGCCCAAGACACAUACUCUAUUGUAUCACCUAGUAAAUAAGCUUAAUUCAGCACACAUGACACAUCCAUACUUCUCCUGUUUUAAAACACUUCAAACGUAUGGUACAGUCUGAAGAUUAGAGUGAGGGAACUGACUUGUUGGAGUAUAUGGAAUGUACAAUUUGUUGGACCUUAAGAUUUGAGUAUUUCACUUGUCAUUUACAUUAACCUGUAAGCUGUCCAUGCUGUGUGAUCCGUCACAAUUAACUUCUGUAAGUGUGGUCCUGCCCACAGGUUACUGAUAGCUGAUUAAAGUGUGCUCUUUGAUUUUUUGCUGCAGAAGGCAAUGUGAUUGUAGAGAACAGCUGAUUUUUUUUUCCUGUUAAAAUAUAUUAAUUGUGAUUCCCCUGAAACAAAGUUUGAACAAGUAUUCUAACUGUUCAAAAGUCUAUUAGAAAAUAAGGUAUAAGAUGAGCAUAUAGGAAUAUAUUGGUGUAACAGCCAAAACUGUUGUAUUGCUUGGUAGAAACAGAAACAGAGUACAAGAAAGUAGCACAAUGUGGCACUAAUGAAUGCUUAUUUAGCAGCCUAAGCCGGUACAAUGUAUAAAGAAAUGUAUUCUGAAUACAUUUUUUCCAUUCAUUUAGCACAAAUAAAUUGUUUGGUUUCACUUUGCAGUGGAACAAAGUGUCACUUCUUCCUGAUAUUGACAUCUUACUCAGUUUUAUUUUUCCUAAGGUUCCUGUUGAGUACUGAGGUUUAUAUAUUAUUGAUGAUUUUAAGUGGUUUACCUCAUAUAUAUGGAUAUGUGGGCCAUGGAAAAUGACAAGAGAAUGUUUAUUUUAUGAGAAUAUGUAUCUGGGUAUAAUCAGAGCAGAACAUGAGUAAUUUAUCUUUUGUUUACAAAAGUUUGUUUGACAUGCCUAAUGCUUUAUUAAGCACAUUUUAAAGAAGGAAAUACAGCAUUCUGGUAGUAUACUAACACUUGUACAUAUAUUUUCAUGUUUGCCGCUCAACUAUUCAGUAAGAAUUGCAGACUGAAAAUCUGUAUAAAAUCAGUGCUCUAAUUCAAAAUAGUAAGUUAAAAUAAUGUUGUAAGAGGUUCAGCUUAAGUAAGGCAAAACUAGAAUUUCUUCACUGUAGCUAUGUAGUUUCAGCUCCGAGAGCUUUAGAGAAAUGCAUAUAUAGUCUACUACACUUGUUAAACCAAUAUGGGAUCAAGUGCAUUACGUUGGUUAUGGUAGUGACUCUCCAAUAAAGUGAUACUCUCAAGACUGUGGCAGGCCUAAAAUCUGACCAGUGCUUCCAUCUGGAAAUGAUUAACCAUAGCAGGUGCUCACUUUUCAGUAGAGAAACUAACUGUGAGCAUUUUAAUUAAACAGAGCUCCUGAAUCAGUGGUAGGAUUACAUAUGAGAAAACGACAGGCAGUCAAAACUGAUAUUCUUGGUGGGACUAAGGUCAAGAUAUGAUUGGUUAUUUAAUUUGAUAUUUGUCCUUUUGUAAACACAAGACAAGGAAAAAGAUAUAUUAUUUUAAAGAUAGGGUUCCAGCUCAAGUAUACCACUAUUUAAAAUGGUGCCCUCCUUUCUGAAGUGCUUUAAGUUUCUUGGACAAAAGUCUCCAUAGAGUGUAAGCUCAUAUGGUGGUAGUAUAUAUGCUGGGGGCAGGGGGAAAAAAGCCUUUAAUAGUGUUGCUUUAAAAUCUUAAAAUGGAAAAUUGCCUAGAUAAAUCUACAUCUGAAGCGUAUUCCAAAACUGAAGUUUUGUAACCCAAGUUCAGCUGCUGUUAUAAAGUGUCUUACUGAACUCUCCUUGCUGUUCCAGUGGGACUGUUACCAGAUGAAAGUAAAGAACUGACAAAUGUGUACUAAAUCCUGAAAAUGUAACAAGGCACUAAAUUGGCCUUACCGAACUAAGAACAUUGAACAAACAUUUGUGUGCGAUCAGAAGUGUUAAACUCUAUUUGUAGACUUUUUGAAUAAGAUAAGGAAUUGUGCACAACCAUCUCCUAAUAAAUAUAAAUGGAUUUUCA